UCGCACGGGGCUGGGUCGCCAUGGCGACGGGCACGCUAACACAGGCGCUGGCCCGCGGAAGCCUGUUCGCCGGAGAGCUGGGGACGAUGGCGCGGAACCUGUACGGUCCACGAGUCCGGAUGGGCAACUGGAACGAGGACGUCUACCUGGAGGAGGAGCUCAUGAAAGACUUCUUAGCAAAGAGGGAUAAGGGACAACUUCUCAUACAGAGAAACAGAAGACUAAAAGAGAACCUUUUGAGACAGAUGCAGCUUUCCGUAUCUGAAGAUGGAUACGUUCACUAUGGCGACAAAGUGAUGCUUGUGAAUCCCGACCAUCCUGAGAUAGAAGCUCAUCUGUUUCUGGGCGGGGACCUGAGCCUGUGUAUGACCCCAGAUGAAAUGCAAGUCCAUCUGAGUGACGAUUUAGAGGUGCCCUGUGGCCUGAGCGCAUCUCAAACCAAGAUCCCGGUUGGCAGAAACACUUUUACCAUUUUGUGUGCAGCUGGAGAGGUCAUCGGUCAAGUCCUCAGAUACGGGCAGAACUUUCGCCUCGGGAUAGCAGGAGGAUUUGAAGGCAGAAUGUUAUAUUUAUCAAGUGACCACAGGACCCUGAUGAGGUCAUCGAAGAGGUCUUGGCUCCAGGAAGUGUACCUGACAGAUGAGGACUCCUACCUGAACUGCUGGCAGGCUGCCUUCCCCGACCCCCAGCUACGCCUGGAAUAUGAAGGCUUCCCCAUUCCGGCAAAUGCAAAAAUUCUCAUCAAUCACUGCCACACCAAUCGCGGGCUGGUGGCCCACCGGCAUCUUUUCUUAAGAACCUAUUUUGGAAAGGAAGCAGAGGUCGCCGCUCACACAUACCUGGAUUCACACAGAGUCGAAAAGCCGAAGAACCACUGGAUGUUGGUAACUGGGAAUCCCAGGAAGGACUCUUCCACCAUGUUGGACCGCCCCGAACCGCCGGCAGAGGACACGCGGGCCCUGGAGCAGGUGGCGGGCCCGGGGGCGCAGUAACACACCCGUCACGCAUGCGUGCUCUCAUCCAACGCAGCUUUAUUAGGAAUUCGACUGUUGGGUCGUGCCUCAGGCUAUUUUUCAGGAACUCUCUGUGAACAUUAUUUUAAAACAAAGGCUAUAUUAAGAUUACUGAAUUAACGGUGGAAGUCUAGGAUGCAGGGAAAAAACCAAAACCCAAACCUCUCCCCAGGUAAUAGCUCAGAAAUGGUAUUUUGAAGGUGACAGAUGAUAUUCCUUUGUAGAUGGCCAGAUUCUGAAGACUCAGCUUCCUUUAUUUAAAUCCUAUGUAGCAGCAGCUUCGACAAGGGCUAUGUGUUACUUUUUAAAGCUGUGUCUAUGUAAUAAAGCUAUCGGAACUUUACUGAAUUUUUGGCACCACCCUCUGUCCGCGUCCCCGCCACCCCUCCCCCCCCAAUGUACCAGGAAAUAAACAGUGCGUUGCUGUGGCCUGUGGCCUUACCUUAGAGUUAUUUCCUUCGAGUUCUUUCCUUCUUGUAUUUUUGUUUCUUCCUCUGGCUUGGGGUGGGGGGUGGAAGGCGGGAGUCAAGACCUCUACUUGACCAGUCUAUUAUUUUGUAAUGAUUUUCAAGUUGCAGAAUCUUCUUACUUCUACCUUAUCUUUGAAACCACCACAUUAGUUGCAGCAUUCGCGUGAUCAGAAAG